AUGAAAUGUAAAAAAAAGGUCAGACCAAGCAAAAGAUGAACAGCACGAGAUUUCUCUACAGCAAUGGCGUCGUUUCAUACUCCUCCGAGGUUCCUCCCGUCGCCACUUUUCUCGAAUCACUUCCAGGAGCUUACACAACAACUAGAACACACGAAAAUGGAACCACCCUUUUGUUUUGGGAAAGACAUUUACAAAGACUGUCGAAUUCUGCGAGAAUUCUACUAAAUUCAAACCCAGAACUCAUAUUCAAGGCAAACAAGAAAAACCCGUCACUUUUUCCUCCUUUAUCAAUCACAUCAUCGUUGAAAUGGGAGACAGGGAUUCAGGCAUUGGUUAGUAAUUCGUUGAACCAAGUUUUACCCAUUGCUCUGGAAGAGAGAUCUAAUGGGGAGGAGUUAGCGGUUACUGCUCUUGUUUCAGGGGAUUUCGAGAAGCGAAAGGCAAUGAACGAUGUUGGUGAUGAUGAUGAUGGAGUUUUUCAGUUUCUUGAUGUUCAUUUGCAUAUUGGAAGUUAUGCUCCUCCUGUGUUUGGGAUUGAAGAAACUGGGGCACAUUUGGCUUUGGUGGGUCGUGGAAGGGAUAUUUCAAAUGCAAAGUAUUCGGAUUGGGUAAGGUUACGGAAGCCAUUGGAGAAAUUGAGGACUCCUUCAGUGACGGAGCUCUUGUUGUCAAACGACGGUGAUCGAAUUCUUGAGGGAUGCAUUACGAACUUCUUUGUCAUUUGCCAAAGGGAUAAGAGCGAAGCUGAGGGGAAAUACCUGAAUGACUACGAUAACACGUGUUUCGUUGAAGUACAGACGGCUCCUAUUUCUGAUGGUGUUCUUCCCGGCAUUAUACGACAUUUAGUUAUCGAGUAA